CCUUCUUCUCCUCCUUCUUCUUCUUCUUCUCCUUCUUCUCCUUCCUUCUCCUUCUUCUUCUUCUCCUCCUUCUUCUUCUCCUCCUUCUUCUUCUCCUCCUCCUUCAUCUUCAUCUUCUCCUCCUCCUUCUCCUCCUUCUCCUUCUCAUUCUUCUCCUCCGUCCUCUCCUCCUUCCUCUUCUCCUUCUUCUUCAUCUUCUUCUUCUCCUUCUUCUUCUUCUUCUCCUUCUUCUCCUUCUCCUCCUCCUCCUUCUCCUUCUUCUCCUCCUUCAUCUUCUCCUCCUCCUUCCUCUUCUUCUUCUUCUUCUCCUUCUCCUUCUCCUCCUUCUUCUUCUCCUCCUCCUUCCUCUUCUUCUUCUUCUCCUCCUCCUCCUUCUCCUUCUUCUCCUCCUUCUUCUCCUCCCUCUCCUCCCUCUUCCCCUUCUCCUCCUACUUCUUCUCCUCCUCCUCCUUCUCCUCCUCCUUCUCCUUCUUCUUCUUCUUCUCCUCCUCCUACUUCUCCUUCUUCUCCUUCUUCUCCUUCUCCUCCUUCUUCUUCUCCUUCUCCUCCUUCUUCUCCUUCUUCUCCUUCUCCUCCUUCUCCUUCUCCUUCUCCUACUUCUUCCUCUUCUUCUUCUUCUCCUCCUUCUCCUUCUUCUUCUUCUUCUCCUCCUCCUACUUCUCCUUCUUCUCCUUCUCCUCCUUCUUCUUCUCCUUCUCCUCCUUCUUCUCCUCCUUCUUCUUCUUCUCCUUCUCCUUCUUCUCCUCCCUCUCCUCCUUCUUCUUCUCAUUCUCCUCCUUCUUCAUCUUCUUCUUCUCCUUCUUCUCCUCCUUCUUCUUCUUCUUCUCCUUCUUCUCCUUCCUUCUCCUUCUUCUUCUUCUCCUCCUUCUUCUUCUCCUCCUUCUUCUUCUCCUCCUCCUUCAUCUUCAUCUUCUCCUCCUCCUUCUCCUCCUUCUCCUUCUCAUUCUUCUCCUCCGUCCUCUCCUCCUUCCUCUUCUCCUUCUUCUUCAUCUUCUUCUUCUCCUUCUUCUUCUUCUUCUCCUUCUUCUCCUUCUCCUCCUCCUCCUUCUCCUUCUUCUCCUCCUUCAUCUUCUCCUCCUCCUUCCUCUUCUUCUUCUUCUUCUCCUUCUCCUUCUCCUCCUUCUUCUUCUCCUCCUCCUUCCUCUUCUUCUUCUUCUCCUCCUCCUCCUUCUCCUUCUUCUCCUCCUUCUUCUCCUCCCUCUCCUCCCUCUUCCCCUUCUCCUCCUACUUCUUCUCCUCCUCCUCCUUCUCCUCCUCCUUCUCCUUCUCCUUCUUCUUCUCCUUCUCCUCCUUCUUCUUCUCCUUCUCCUUCUUCUCCUUCUUCUCCUCCUUCUUCUUCUCCUCCUCCUCCUUCUCCUUCAUCUUCUUCUCCUUCUUCUCCUUCUUCUCCUCCUUCUUCUUCUCCUCCUUCUCCUUCUCCUUCUUCUUCUCCUUCUCCUCCUUCUUCUUCUCCUUCUCCUUCUCCUCCUUCUUCUUCUCCUCCUCCUUCCUCUUCUUCUUCUUCUCCUCCUCCUUCUCCUUCUCCUCCUCCUUCUCCUUCUCCUUCUUCUUCUCCUUCUCCUUCUUCUUCUCCUUCUUCUUCCUCUUCUUCUCCUUCUUCUCCUCCUCCUUCUUCUUCUCCUCCUUCUUCUCCUUCUUCUCCUCCUUCUACUUCUCCUCCUCCUUCUCCUCCUCCUUCUUCUCCUCCUUCUUCUCCUUCUUCUUCUCCUCCUCCUUCUUCUCCUUCUUCUUCUCCUUCUUCUUCUUCUCCUUCAUCUUCUCCUUCUUCUUCUUCUUCUUCUCCUUCUCAUUCUUCUCCUUCUCCUUCUUCUUCUUCUCCUCUUUCUUCUUCUCCUCCUCCUUCUUCUUCUUAUCCUUCUCCUCCUUCUUCUUCUCCUCCUCCUUCAUCUUCAUCUUCUCCUCCUCCUUCUCCUCCUUCUCCUUCUCAUUCUUCUCCUCCGUCCUCUCCUCCUUCCUCUUCUCCUUCUUCUUCAUCUUCUUCUUCUCCUUCUUCUUCUUCUUCUCCUUCUUCUCCUUCUCCUCCUUCUUCUUCUCCUUCUCCUCCUUCUUCUUCUUCUUCUCCUUCUUCUCCUUCUCCUCCUCCUCCUUCUCCUUCUUCUCCUCCUUCAUCUUCUCCUCCUCCUUCCUCUUCUUCUUCUUCUUCUCCUUCUCCUUCUCCUCCUUCUUCUUCUCCUCCUCCUUCCUCUUCUUCUUCUUCUCCUCCUCCUCCUUCUCCUUCUUCUCCUCCUUCUUCUCCUCCCUCUCCUCCCUCUUCCCCUUCUCCUCCUACUUCUUCUCCUCCUCCUCCUUCUCCUCCUCCUUCUCCUUCUCCUUCUUCUUCUCCUUCUCCUCCUUCUUCUUCUCCUUCUCCUUCUUCUCCUUCUUCUCCUCCUUCUUCUUCUCCUCCUCCUCCUUCUCCUUCAUCUUCUUCUCCUUCUUCUCCUUCUUCUCCUACUUCUACUUCUCCUCCUUCUCCUUCUCCUUCUUCUUCUCCUUCUCCUCCUUCUUCUUCUCCUUCUCCUUCUCCUCCUUCUUCUUCUCCUCCUCCUUCCUCUUCUUCUUCUUCUCCUUCAUCUUCUCCUUCUCCUCCUUCUUCUUCUCCUCCUCCUUCCUCUUCUUCUUCUUCUCCUCCUCCUCCUUCUCCUUCUUCUCCUCCUUCUUCUCCUCCCUCUCCUCCCUCUUCCCCUUCUCCUCCUACUUCUUCUCCUCCUCCUCCUUCUCCUCCUCCUUCUCCUUCUCCUUCUUCUUCUCCUUCUCCUCCUUCUUCUUCUCCUUCUCCUUCUUCUCCUUCUUCUCCUCCUUCUUCUUCUCCUCCUCCUCCUUCUCCUUCAUCUUCUUCUCCUUCUUCUCCUUCUUCUCCUCCUUCUUCUUCUCCUCCUUCUCCUUCUCCUUCUUCUUCUCCUUCUCCUCCUUCUUCUUCUCCUUCUCCUUCUCCUCCUUCUUCUUCUCCUCCUCCUUCCUCUUCUUCUUCUUCUCCUCCUCUUUCUCCUUCUCCUCCUCCUUCUCCUUCUCCUUCUUCUUCUCCUUCUCCUUCUUCUUCUCCUUCUUCUUCCUCUUCUUCUCCUUCUUCUCCUCCUCCUUCUUCUUCUCCUCCUUCUUCUCCUUCUUCUCCUCCUUCUACUUCUCCUCCUCCUUCUCCUCCUCCUUCUUCUCCUCCUUCUUCUCCUUCUUCUUCUCCUUCUUCUUCUUCUCCUUCAUCUUCUCCUUCUUCUUCUUCUUCUUCUCCUUCUCAUUCUUCUCCUUCUCCUUCUUCUUCUUCUCCUCUUUCUUCUUCUCCUCCUCCUUCUUCUUCUUAUCCUUCUCCUCCUUCUUCUUCUCCUUCUUCUCCUCCUCCUACUUCUCCUUCUUCUCCUUCUUCUCCUUCUCCUCCUUCUUCUUCUCCUUCUCCUCCUUCUUCUCCUCCUUCUUCUUCUUCUCCUCCUUCUUCUUCUUCUCCUUCUUCUCCUCCUUCUUCUCCUUCUUCUCCUCCUUCUUCUUCUCAUUCUCCUCCUUCUUCAUCUUCUUCUUCUCCUUCUUCUCCUCCUUCUUCUUCUUCUUCUCCUUCUUCUCCUUCCUUCUCCUUCUUCUUCUUCUCCUCCUUCUUCUUCUCCUCCUUCUUCUUCAUCUUCUUCUUCUCCUUCUCCUUCUCCUCCUCCUUCUUCUUCUCCUUCUCCUUCUCCUCCUUCUUCUUCUCCUCCUUCUUCUUCUUCUUCUCCUUCUUCUUCUUCUUCUCCUCCUCCUACUUCUCCUUCUUCUCCUUCUCCUCCUUCUUCUUCUCCUUCUCCUCCUUCUUCUCCUUCUUCUCCUUCUCCUCCUUCUCCUUCUCCUUCUCCUACUUCUUCCUCUUCUUCUUCUUCUCCUCCUUCUCCUUCUUCUUCUUCUUCUCCUCCUCCUACUUCUCCUUCUUCUCCUUCUCCUCCUUCUUCUUCUCCUUCUCCUCCUUCUUCUCCUCCUUCUUCUUCUUCUCCUCCUCCUUCUUCUCCUCCCUCUCCUCCUUCUUCUUCUCAUUCUCCUCCUUCUUCAUCUUCUUCUUCUCCUUCUUCUCCUCCUUCUUCUUCUUCUUCUCCUUCUUCUCCUUCCUUCUCCUUCUUCUUCUUCUCCUCCUUCUUCUUCUCCUCCUUCUUCUUCUCCUCCUCCUUCAUCUUCAUCUUCUCCUCCUCCUUCUCCUCCUUCUCCUUCUCAUUCUUCUCCUCCGUCCUCUCCUCCUUCCUCUUCUCCUUCUUCUUCAUCUUCUUCUUCUCCUUCUUCUUCUUCUUCUCCUUCUUCUCCUUCUCCUCCUCCUCCUUCUCCUUCUUCUCCUCCUUCAUCUUCUCCUCCUCCUUCCUCUUCUUCUUCUUCUUCUCCUUCUCCUUCUCCUCCUUCUUCUUCUCCUCCUCCUUCCUCUUCUUCUUCUUCUCCUCCUCCUCCUUCUCCUUCUUCUCCUCCUUCUUCUCUUCCCUCUCCUCCCUCUUCCCCUUCUCCUCCUACUUCUUCUCCUCCUCCUCCUUCUCCUCCUCCUUCUCCUUCUUCUUCUCCUUCUCCUCCUUCUUCUUCUCCUUCUCCUUCUUCUCCUUCUUCUCCUCCUUCUUCUUCUCCUCCUCCUCCUUCUCCUUCAUCUUCUUCUCCUUCUUCUCCUUCUUCUCCUCCUUCUUCUUCUCCUCCUUCUCCUUCUCCUUCUUCUUCUCCUUCUCCUCCUUCUUCUUCUCCUUCUCCUUCUCCUCCUUCUUCUUCUCCUCCUCCUUCCUCUUCUUCUUCUUCUCCUCCUCCUCCUUCUCCUCCUCCUUCUCCUUCUCCUUCUUCUUCUCCUCCUCCUUCCUCUUCUUCUUCUUCUCCUCCUCCUCCUUCUCCUUCUUCUCCUCCUUCUUCUCCUCCCUCUCCUCCCUCUUCCCCUUCUCCUCCUACUUCUUCUCCUCCUCCUCCUUCUCCUCCUCCUUCUCCUUCUCCUUCUUCUUCUCCUUCUCCUCCUUCUUCUUCUCCUUCUCCUUCUUCUCCUUCUUCUCCUCCUUCUUCUUCUCCUCCUCCUCCUUCUCCUUCAUCUUCUUCUCCUUCUUCUCCUUCUUCUCCUCCUUCUUCUUCUCCUCCUUCUCCUUCUCCUUCUUCUUCUCCUUCUCCUCCUUCUUCUUCUCCUUCUCCUUCUCCUCCUUCUUCUUCUCCUCCUCCUUCCUCUUCUUCUUCUUCUCCUCCUCCUUCUUCUCCUCCUCCUUCUCCUUCUCCUUCUUCUUCUCCUCCUUCUUCUCCUUCAUCUUCUUCUCCUUCUUCUCCUUCUUCUUCUCCUCCUUCUUCUCCUUCUCCUCCUUUUCCUUCUUCUUCUCCUUCUCCUCCUUCUUCUCCUCCUUCAUCUUCUCCUCCUCCUUCCUCUUCUUCUUCCUCUUCUCCUUCUUCUCCUCCUCCUUCCUCUUCUUCUUCUUCUUCUUCUUCUUCUCCCUCUCCUCCCUCUUCUCCUUCUCCUCCUCCUUCUCCUCCUUCUUCUCCUCCUUCUUCUUCUUCUCCUCCUCCUUCUCCUUCUUCUCCUCCCUCUCCUCCCUCUUCUCCUUCUUCUCCUUCUCCUCCUUCUCCUCCUCCUCCUCCUCCUUCUCCUCCUUCUUCUUCUUCCUCUCCUUCUUCUUCUUCUCCUCCUUCUCAUCCUUCUCCUCCUUCUCCUCCUUCUCCUCCCUCUCCUCCUCCUCCUCCUUCUCCUUCCCGGCUCCGAAGGCUCUCCUGGGGAACCGGUACGGUCACAGAUUUCUCCCUCGGCUCGUUCCUGAAAAACUGUUUGAAGUUUUUUUGUCCAAAAUGUCCAAAAACCCUGAAGGCGUCAAACUGCUGACUCGGUGGUUCUUGAAGGACAACAAUGCAGUCCCGCCCACCUACAUCCUUCAGCCAAUCACGGCCUUCUACCCCCACUACAGCGACCUCCGACCUGAGAGUGGGCCGCAGCGUGACAAAGACGUCCUCUCCUGGCGUUUUACAGAGACUCAACUGUUGCGGCUCCUACGCUCGGCCGCCACGGAUGCCGAGGCAGCUGGUGACAUCACGGCGGCGCAGAAACAGCGCUUCCUCACAUCAGGUCAGAGACGAGCGCGCUCAGUGCUCAGACGUGGUUUCUGUGAAGUGUUUGAUCUGAGCGUCUUCUUCUGCUCCACAGUCACAGAGCGAGAGUUUGAGCGCGGUUUGUUGGAGGACGUCACGGAUCAGUCGGCGCUGCUCUUCAUCAGAGAGAUUCCUCGCCAACGAGUAAGAGACGGUCCCAAACGUCUCGCCAAGUACAUGGACCUGACCGCUGACGGUCUACUGGACGCAGAAGCUCAGGGACUCCUCGGCGCUCUGAAGGCCCGCCUCUACGCCACCUCACAGAAGAUCCUCAACCUUCACUGCGUGGAGCUCAGCAAAGGAAGCAUCGACCCCAAACGGAAGGAGCACGCUCAGUACCUGGACGGCGUGUGCGAGCAGUUCGUCUCUCAGAUGAAGGCGAGGAUCGGCGUGGCGGUGGAGUCGUCGGUGGAGGCGGGGGCGAGGAGGGUUUGGAGUGACACUGAGGGGCGAAAGGGGGAGGUGUCAGAGUGGGUGGUCCAAGAGGUCGAACGGCAUUUCGCCAUGAGCGGCGAGCUGUGCAGAGGUCUCCACGGCAGGGAGGGGCUUCUGGGCAGACUCUGCUUCGCCAUGUGGGAGUCCACGAACGCCCCUCACAGCCCAAUCGUGGUCCACGGGGCUGCUGGGAUGGGGAAGACGGCGCUGCUGUGUAAGCUGGCGCAGGAGAUGCGUGGCGUCCUGGAGGGCGGGGCGGUGGUGGCGAUCAGGCUGCUGGCGGCUGGUCAUCCUCAGAGAGCAGAUAUCGACCACGUCCUCCUCAGCGUCUGCCUUCAGAUUUCCUUUGCUUGUGGUUUGGCUCCGCCCUCGCCGCUGACCGCCAACACUCACCCGGAGCUGCUGCGGUUCUUCAGGAACGCCCUCGCCAACGUCUCCCAGCAGGGCCACACCGUGCUCGUCAUCCUGGACGCUCUGGAUCAGCUGUCAGACAAACAUCACGCUCACAAACUCUACUGGCUGCCCAAUCAGCUCCCGCCCAACGUUCACCUGGUGGUUUCCAUGGAUACCAGCAGCGAGGCGUUUGCUAACAUCACGCUGAAGUUGGAGUCUUCGGCGAGCUUCUUCGAGGUGGAGCGUCUGUCUCGUGAUGAAGGCAAACAGGUGAUGGAGUCGUACCUGCGAGCAUCGCGUCGAACUUUGACCCCUGAGCAAAGCGAGGCCGUCCUGCGGAGCUUCGACGUCGGCGGCUGUCCGCUUCACCUCAAACUGAUCCUGUCCGCCGCCAAACGCUGGACGUCCUUCACCCCGCCCACACACCGACACGUGGGGGCCAACGCACAGGAAAUGAUGUCACAGCUCCUUCUGAUGCUGGAGGAGAAACACAGCAGGGAGCUGGUGGGCGGGGCCUUAGGAUACCUCGCUCUGGCCAGGUGAGGGCGUGUUGUAAAUAUUGAAUCAGUCGUGAAAACGAGGAGACCAACCGAUGUUUUCUGACUCCACAGGGGAGGUCUGUUGGAGGCGGAGCUGCGUGAUGUCAUGUCCUUGGAUGAUGACAUC